GCUGUUAGAGAGGGAGGCGAUCAUGCAAGGUACAAAUGCAAGGAAUAUCAUCCUGAACGUCUGUGCAACCAUCGGCACUAAUGACUGUGCUUAUGUCAGUAACGUGUGCGAGGGAAGGACUAUACGAAUGGCGCUGUUAUUCUAGGAUAUAAGGGGAAUGGUAAAGGGCUCUCAGAAUUCAUAAAGAAACCAGCUGAUGUAUUACAUGUUUCUGGCUGCAUAGCUGUGACGAUGUCUGUGGUACCAAUGUCCAACCUCCAGAUUGACGAGGCGGAAGAGACCACAAAGAAGUCCAAAAACAUGGCAGCCAGACGGAAAGGCGUGUACACUGAGACAUUCCUGUACGAUGCUCUAUACCCGUUACUUAUGGCAAUGAAAUUAUUUGGACUCCACAACACGAGGCACGAUAAAAAUUGCAGAUUACGCUUCGUGACGCAAAUCUACGGGAUUGUUCCCGGAUUGAUCAUUCUGAGCACUUUGGUGCGUACGCUCACGCUCUUUAAUACCACGGACGGGUUUGGGCAGGCUCUCUUCGGGAAACUGCUCAAUUCAUCCUGGCUGACCUGGUGCCUCUGUGGAGCAAUCUCGUGCUCCAGGGCGUGGUUCCAAGAGGAGAAAGCGCCUCUUUUCUUCAUGAAUUUCAACGAAGUCUUGGAAUCGUGUCAGAUUAAGCGCCAAUGUUUUAAACAACACCUUCGGCGGCGCGCAAUAAUCACGACGUGCAUCUCUGUUGUAUUUGUUGUCGCGAAUGUUAUACUCUCUGGGUAUUUACUUCUCAUCACAAAUUUUCUGGACGACUUAAAGACACCAGUUUCCAUAUUUUACUCAUUCCCAGCCUGGGGUCAGACCCUGGCGAUUUGCUGUCUGGUGGUGGCACAGGGCUACCACACUGCCAGCUGGAUCUUUCCAAUAACUUUUGGCCACUGCAUCUCGUUGGCGUUGCGUCUUGAGCUCAAAUGCUUCAACAAUGCCUUUAGCAGCGAAAUAACGGACGAAGGACGAUUCCAAGGUGAUUUGGACAUUUACAGAUUUCGCCACCAGAUAGUUUCAAGAUUGAUUGAGAAAGCAGACGAUCUUCUCGGAUUUCAUAUUUCCGUCAAUUUGAUAUUUCCCUUGGCGAUGCUGAUUCUACUUAUCAUAAGUGUUCUGUCGGACCAGUCAAUCUCAACCAAUACUGUCUACCUCGUCCCAUAUCUUUACUGGAUUGGAGUAUCUUCCUGCUUUGUUGGUUUGGUCCUCUACGAUGGCGCUUUCAUCAACGAUGCCGCCCAUGCAAGUCUCUCACGGUUGCAUGACAUCAAGUUGCAGAAUCUUUCCAACAUCCGGGAUCUUACAGAGUUGACUGCUUUCUUGAACAAACUGUCUGGUCCGCCCAUUGGUGUGACUGCCCUUGGCUUAUUUGUCAUUGAUAAGCCCACGAUACUCACGACAAUUGGGAUGUUCCUAACCUACUUCGUGAUCGUGGUCCAGUUCAGGACGCCGACCAGCUCAGGAGCCGCCAGUGGCAACGCAACACUUAUAACAUAAAGGAGCACCCUUCACCAAAGCCUAGCUACUGCUUGUCACAUCCAGCCCAAAUCACAUCACUUCUGUAUUGAGGACCUUGUCACAUCCAGCCCACAUCACAUCACUUCCGUAUUGAGGACCUUGUCACAUCCAGACCACAUAACAUCACUUCUGUAUCGAGGACCUUGUCACAUCCACCCUACAAUUAGGACCAUGAAACCACGUGUCCUUUUAAAAUUAGGAACAUGACACCUCCAGUCCUCUAUUUGGACCAGAACACCUCCAGUCCUUACUAAGGACCAUUUCACCUGAAGUCCUCAGGACCAUAUCACGUUCAGUCUAAUUGGACUGUCACCUCCAGACGAUGCUGAGGACAGUGCCAUCACCAGUUCAUACCAAGGACAAUCUGGGGAAUUGAUUCUCCAGGGUGAACAUCGCAUUGUAUGAUAAAACACAACAAAACAUGUUUCUUAACAAUGAUUGAUAUUUCAUAAUGUCUGCAAUCAAUAUAACAUCUGCACUGUUACACAUGUAAACCCGAACCUCAACGGCUCCUAUUUUUCAAAACUAGUGAUGUUACAGUGAAUAAAACAUUUUCUAAUAUCUAAUCAACCCCCCCCCCCCCCCCCAAUAUAU